AUGGACUCAAUGAAUGGUCAAGAAAGAACAACCCUUCAUUCGUUGUGCGGUCGCACGGUUAUCCGAGUCGGCAACAAUCUCGUCGUGAAAUCGGGCAAUCUCCGCUCCCACGAAGCCCAAACACUUCAUUUCAUUGCGACAAACACGACAAUCCCUGUGCCCAAAGUCCAUGAUAUCCAAUGGGAAGAUGGAAAAGUCGUGGCUAUCGUGAUGGACUACAUGCCUGGCAAGCGACUCGAUGAAGCAUGGGAUACUUUAGACUCCGAUCAGAAGCUCUCCAUCGCCUCCGAGCUUCACUCCUACAUAGAUCAACUUCGCGACUUGAAGGGUAGCUAUAUCGGAGCUAUUGAUCGAGGCAAAGCUGUAAUUGGACAGAUUGCAUCGAUUGAAGGAGGUCCGUUUGAUUCCGAGCAGCAGUUCAACGACUUUAUUCUGGGAGAUAUCGUCAAGUCAGCACCAGAUAUACUGCGACAUUAUGCCAAAUUUGCGCUUAUGGAUGACCAUGAGAUUGUUUUUACUCAUGCCGAUUUCUCCCCGCGUAAUAUCCUUGUCGAAGGAGGCCGGGUCACAGCUAUCCUUGACUGGGAAUAUGCUGGCUGGUAUCCGGAACACUGGGAAUAUAUCCAGGCGCUUCGGCAACUGAAGCCGAUGCCCGACUGGCCAGAAUAUUUGUCACGUAUUCUUCCACCCCGGUUCGAGAGAGAAUACAUAGGCAUGUCCUUCCUAGCUCGUCUCUUACGUCAUUAG